UGUUGUAUGAUCCAAAUGUUUGUGUAGGGAGGGUGUGCAACUGUACCAAACCACAUUUCACUGUGCAGUCUUUAUUGCAACACACGGUGGUCUAUAUUUAUAUAUGUGUGUUAUUGUAAACGUACCCCCUUGCAUCUCUUUCUUCGCUAUUUUUGUAAAACAGUGCUCUGUUGAAUGGCGUCCUGUGAAUACGCUUGCGCUCUAGGCAUCACGGAGCCAAAUGCAUGCCCUGGAUGCGGACUCGCUGAUGGAUGCUGCGCAGGUGGGAGAGACGAUUGGAAAGAAGACGACAGGACAAGUCUCGUAGAUUGUUGAUAUUAAAAAGUCGUCGUUUAUAGACGGUACAGAGAGAUGCGCGGGAUAGAUGCCACAUUCAUCUGCAGUAUCACACCUUUACUCUCCGAGUGAUGCUGAUGCUGGCGUCUAUGCAGUGAAAUGUUUGGCUCCGUCUGACCCUGCACCAACUUGGAGCUGAGCUGCUUCAUCAUCCCCCUUCUCCUGCCUCCAGGUCAGGGGAGCAACCAAAAGCACAUCUACCUCCACAUCUCUCUCUACCCUGUUACUGCCACCCAUCCUUCAUCCCUAAAGAUAGAUGAGCCUGGGAGGUUUUGCUUGAGCUGAAAAAAGUGGAGCCCAAUCUGGGUGAAGGAAUGCUCUGCGUGUAGACCCUCCCCAGUCCCAACCAUGAGCCACCAGGAGGCGCCACAUGGCCAGGAAUUGAGAGAGGUGGCUGAGGCCGAUCUGGAGCGCAGGGGCCCUGAGGGCCAGCAGCCUCCCUCAUCCCACCGUAGACGCCAUGACAAUGGAGAUGGCAGCUCCCGAUCCGGUCGAACCCGUAACCACCACAGCAAUCACGGUACAGAGAAUAACCACUACCAGUCCCAACAGCAGGGGGCUCAACGCUACCGUAGGUAUGAGGGAUCUAACGGAGGAACGAACCGCACACGUGCUGCGAGGAGGCAGACUGAAGAAGGCAGUGCAGAGCAGCAGCCCAUACCGAGACCCGCAGUGACGCGUUACCGCAGACAGGGGGACAACGAGGCCCGGCUACGGGCGCAGCAGCAGAGACAGAGGCAGCGGGAGAGGCAGCAGAGAGAUGCGGAAAGAGCCGAACAGCACAGGCAACAGAGUCUCAGCUCCCCUACGCAGCCUUUGCCGUCGGCCCAAGAGCCGGAGGAUGCCGAAGAGGACGACGGGGAAGGAGGCAGCGUGCUGGCCCGAUCUGCAAGUACUGAGAGUGGCUUCCACAACCACACCGACCGAGCAGAAGGAGAUGCGGUCAUGGCCAUGGAUGCCGAGCCAGAGGACGAAAGCACGUACGGCAUCCCGCUUCGCCCUGAAGCGGAGGAGUACACAGAAAGUGCCGAAUCGGAGCAACAGCAUGGUGGUCCAGCUUACCCCCAGCCCCAGUACCCACCUCAGCCUCCGCCUCUACCUCGAGAGCCCCUGCCCAAUGCAGAGAGACCACACAGUCGCGAUGCAGAGACGCUAAAUCCCAACUGCUCCAAUUAUGUUUACACUCAACCCGUGUACCAUAACCCUGCCGGAGCAGGAGAGCCCUGCGAGGGUGGAGCAACAGAAGACGAGCCCUACUCUGAACCUUAUGCUGAAUACUCAGUCCAGGAGCACGUUUAUGAAGAGAUAUCAGACGCCCCCGUGUCCAAAGCUGAGGGUCAGACGCCUCAGCAACGAAAAGCGGAAUUUAGACUCUUCGAGCGUGACUUGUACCAGCAGCAGGAGGCUGUCGGUUCCAGGCUCCACCACUACGACGAGCGAUCCGAUGGGGAGUCGGACAGCCCGGAGAAGGAAGCAGAGUUCGCCCCCUACCCCCGUGUGGAUAGCUGCGAGCAGGACGAGGACAUUGACCAGAUCGUGGCGGAGGUGAAGGAGAGUCUUAGCUCGCAAAGCCUGGAGCGUGUUGCCAUGGGUCUAGACAAAGACGGGGAGGAGGAAGAAGACUGGCCCGAGUCUGAGCACCAGUCCCACGGUCAAAUGGAGGAGAUCAAACCCCCAGAGCAAGAGGGUGAAGGAGAGGGCAGGGAGCAGCCCCUCAAAAGCCCCUCAGAGGAGUCGGGUCCGGUAAAGAGCAGUCGUGACAAGAGAGACGCGAUCUCACUAGCUAUUAAAGACAUCAAAGAGGCAAUAGAGGAGGUGAAGACAAGGACGGUUCGCUCGCCCUACACACCCGACGAGCCCAAAGAACCCAUCUGGGUAAUGAGACAAGACCUGAGUCCCACAGCAGAAUCUGACGUGCAGCCGUCUCUAGGAGGCGAUUCUCCAGGCUCUGGCUCCACCUCCCCGCAGGGGGCGGAGUCCUCCAGUCGUCACCUGCCUUCACAUGAGGGGAGUGACAGCUUUGAGUCUCCGUCUCCAGUCAGUAAAGAGUCAAGGAAAAGUCUCGCUUCAUUUCCAACAUAUGUGGAAGUACCAGGACCUUGUGAUCCAGAGGAUCUCAUAGAUGGUAUUAUUUUCGCUGCUAACUACUUGGGAUCCACCCAGCUGCUCUCAGACAAGACGCCCUCUAAAAACGUGCGCAUGAUGCAGGCCCAGGAGGCUGUGAGUCGCAUUAAGACGGCCCAGAAAUUAGCCAAAAACAGGAAGAAGGCUCCUGAAGGAGAAGCUCAACCCAUGACCGAAGUGGAUCUCUUCAUCUCCACGCAAAGGAUCAAAGUUCUCAAUGCAGACUCACAGGAGACCAUGAUGGACCACGCUUUAAGGACCAUCUCGUACAUCGCCGACAUCGGGAACAUCGUGGUGCUGAUGGCGAGGAGGAGAAUGGCCCGUUCUGACUCACAGGAGAACAUGGAGGCCUCUGAUCCAGCCCAGGAUGAGAAGCGCCAAUACAAGAUGAUCUGCCACGUGUUUGAGUCUGAAGAUGCUCAGCUCAUAGCACAAUCCAUCGGCCAGGCCUUCAGUGUGGCAUACCAAGAGUUCCUGCGUGCCAACGGCAUCAAUCCAGAAGAUCUGAGCCAGAAGGAGUACAGCGACCUACUCAACACACAGGACAUGUACAAUGAUGACCUCAUUCACUUCUCAAAGUCUGAAAACUGCAAAGAUGUUUACAUAGAGAAGCAGAAGGGAGAGAUUCUCGGGCUGGUGAUCGUGGAGUCGGGCUGGGGCUCCAUCUUGCCCACUGUUAUCAUAGCAAACAUGAUGCACGGCGGUCCCUCGGAGAAGUCCGGAAGGCUGAACAUCGGGGAUCAGAUUAUGUCUAUCAACGGCACCAGCCUGGUGGGAUUACCCCUCUCCACCUGUCAGAGCAUUAUCAAGGGAUUGAAGAACCAAUCUAGAAUAAAGUUGAACAUUGUCCGAUGUCCCCCCGUGACCACCGUUCUCAUCAGAAGACCAGACCUGAGAUAUCAGCUGGGCUUUAGUGUGCAGAACGGCAUUAUCUGUAGUCUCAUGAGAGGAGGUAUAGCGGAGCGCGGUGGGGUGCGUGUCGGACACCGGAUCAUUGAAAUCAAUAGUCAGAGUGUUGUGGCCACGCCUCAUGAGAAGAUUGUACACAUUCUGUCAAAUGCGGUCGGUGAGAUUCACAUGAAGACUAUGCCGGCUGCCAUGUACCGCUUGUUAACAGCCCAGGAGCAACCAGUUUACAUCUAAACGCUUUCUCAAGUCUCCUGCCCUGUUGUCACCAGAUAUAACC